AUAGAUGCUGUGUGUGUGGGACAGAGAGCGGACACUUGCUGGUGCACGGACAUAGAAGAAGCUUCUCAAAACCAAACUUAUCGCUUUCACUCGAAGCAUAGCUUCCCAACAUGGCUUCAAAAUGCCCCAAGUGUGACAGAACGGUGUAUUUCGCUGAAAAGGUGUCAUCACUGGGGAAGGACUGGCACAAGUUGUGUCUCAAGUGCGACCGCUGUAACAAGCUUCUGAAUGCCGGAGGCCACGCUGAGCAUGAUGGAAGACCCUACUGCCACAAGCCAUGCUAUGCUGCCCUCUUUGGGCCAAAAGGUGUGAACAUUGGCGGCGCAGGCUCUUACGUGUAUGAUCCUCCAGCCAACAACAGCUCUCAUACUAGUGUGGAUUCAGCUGCUAAAAGCAAGGAGAAGAAAGUCUUUGCACCCAGAGUGCCAUCAAAAGCUGGCAGCAUUACCACUUUUUCCGGAGAGGCCAACCUCUGUCCCAGGUGUAACAAAAGGGUAUAUUUUGCUGAAAAAGUGACAUCAUUGGGAAAAGACUGGCAUCGACCUUGUCUGCGCUGCGAGAGGUGCAAUAAAACUCUGGCUGCUGGAAGCCAUGCAGAGCAUGAUGGCCAGCCCUACUGCCACAAACCAUGCUAUGCUGUUCUGUUUGGACCCAAAGGGGUGAACACCGGUGGUGUGGGCAGCUACAUCUAUGACAAGGAACCCAGUGCAGUGGCCCAGCCCUGAACCUGUGCUCCCUCAGCUCCGCCUUUCUCCGCACACCACUGACCAUCAUCCACAGUAUUAUCCAGAACCUUUUUCUCUCCUGACAUACCUGAGACAACCAGCCUCCUGCUCCACAUCUUCUCCUUACUCUCUGCUCUUUAUUCCCAUCCCUCAAAUCCCACAGCAGAUUUAUUGCCACGCCGGUUGAAGUAUACAAAUGCCGUCUAGACGUGUUUGAUACUGUGUAUAUACAACAACUGCCUCGAGAAGCAGCAUGCCUACCGUUGUCGUGCAUCAUUCUGUUCAAUAUCUCCGCCAUUGUUACAUUUUUCUAAACAGUGUGUCCAAGCAUGAAAUGUCACCACAGCAAAUAUUUCAACGAUAUCUGUAGUUUUGAGAGGGGUGCUUAUAAAAAUCGGUUGGAUUCUCGGGUGUGAAGGGUAGAGAUGAGAUGCAUUUAUUGUAGUGUUCCGGCAGUCAGAGGAAUUUUACCUUAAAUCUGCUGCACAUGCAAGGGGUGCUCAGGAGCACAUUGCCAAGAAAUCUGUAUUUUUCUAAUGCCAUAUUUACACUUUGGCUGUACGUCCUUUUGGUUUCAUGUUAACAAAAAA